UAAUCAUACCAAUCUCACUCGACGUAAGAAACAUACCUCUGACAGCCAACUCUUUCUCUUCCACAAUCUGUAAUGUAGGUGAAGCAUCAUGUUAGCCCACAGAUCGUCUCUGAAAUCAAAAAAGAACGAAAAUAUAUCCAUGCCACAGACACAUCUUUCCUCUCCCACAACCACAGCAAUGACUACAACCAUGCCGCAGCAGGUACACAACAUUCUCCCGCCUGUGGCCCCGGCCCGGCGUGCCUCAUCCUUGAAGUCGGACCGUAGCAGCAUCAGGAAGGUGAUGAAUCGUACCUGCAAGCCGCCUUCGAUCUCUACAUCCUCCACAGGGAUCUUGUCCAUCAGCAACUCUGCCUCUGUUAACAGCACACCCACACCGGCCACGCCACGGCCAUCAGGCGUUCGACGGAAAGCAGUCGCUAUGCUACCGAUGCCGGCCUCGCCGAACUAUACCGAACCGCUGAUCCCAGAGGCAAAGAUCCAGAACAACAUCUCGAGCAGGCAAAGCAUCAUCAAGCGAAAUACCGAUCAUGGUGCGGACCCUUUGCCGGAUAGAUCUCCUUUGUAUCACAUGGACGCUCUGCAGUCUAGUCAUCAUCAACACAACUCUACACAAAGCCUCUAUCAGGGCAACAGAAACAACAUCAGCAAUGGACUUAAGUCUAAGAAUACCAAUAGCAUCAACAGUAGUGAGGCACGUAGGAUCAAUCUCAGCAAUCCAAGUGGUCUCCUGAAGCACAUCGGUCGUGGGACGAAUAGCAGUAGCACAAUUCCUUCCAUGCAGGCGGCAAGCACCUUAUUCUCACCCAGCGGUAACGUCUCGAGCAGCGGAAGCAUAAUGAGCCCACAGGGCAAUGGAAGCAGCAUUCGUACCUACCAGGAUGGUCAAUCACAUCGUCAAAACCGGCGACAACAGCAAGAGAAUAAAGGGGGGAACAUGGGACAAAAAUUUCAAGGCUUUCUCGCCAUCGGUGGAUCGCUUCUAGGGAGUAAGAAGCGUGGCGGUGAUCCUAGCAUUGAAUUAGGAAUAUCUACCGCAUCCUUGUCAUCUCCAUCCAUGUCAUCGAUGGCGAAGGACGGCUCAGGAUCAUCAUUUGGCAAGAAGGACAGUACUAUAUCCCCUAAUAUGCAAAAACUUUCGCUGCUUUCGCGGGUCCUUGGCGGUCAGCAACAAAAUCAGAAUCAGGCGCUGUCUUCUUCGAUUGAAACCGAUUAUUUAAGAGAUUCUGAUAACAUCCUUAAAGAGAGUGCGCAGUGGAACUCGAAUAAUGCGGGCAGGACCAUGAACUGGGAGAUGAACAAGAGUGUGCCGUCGUCUGAUUACGAGAACGAAGCAUUUGCACUCUGGAUCCGACCCAAUAUCCAGGCGAGAACAGUCAUCAGCGGUGCUGAUGUAGAGAAUGCGGCGAAGGCAGCCCUCAAGGAUGAUGCGACCCCUCGCGACGAAGAGAAGAGGAAGAAAUAUAGGCCAGAACUCGAGGACAUGAAAGUCUUGGAGGAGGUGCUUGACUUUUCGGUGAUCAUCUUGAUGCGCGUCUCUGCAAGUCUCUAUCCAUUCAUUGCAAGUGCCCACUCCAAAUCAAUACCAAUCAACGUCUACUGGAAGACUCUCCAAUAUGAGGAUCGCGGUUGGAAGUACUACAGUGUUAGGACCCUCAAGGAAUACCAAGACUAUGUCAUGGCUGACAUCGGAUCUGCAAUCGAGGCCAUGAUCGAGAUCUACGACCAGCAAGAACGGCCCUUCAGUCACCCAGACAACAUGGGUCGAGACAUCAAACCGCAGGCCAGUGCAAAGUUUCCUUCUCCGGUUAUUCUCCCUCCAAAUCGACCAUGUCUACCAUGUCUGAUUCGAAGGCCUAUGACUAAUACCAGCGUCAACAUCAGUGACCGCACCACGAGCAUGCGUCCGCCCUCUACGAUUACCACCACUUCUUCAGUUGCAUCCACCGCAGCCCUCAAGAAGCAUCGCCGCCACUCAUCCAUCCCAGGAAAUCGUCCGAGUAUUUCGAGUGUGAUUAUGUCGAUCAAGCAAAGUAUCCCGAUGUCACUGCACUCCCCACAGCAGGGUCGCACAUGUACUGACAGAUACAACAAUCCAUUAUACACGUCUUACCCAGACGGCACACCUUUCGGGCCUGGUUUCCCAACGCGACCUGUGCCAUUGUCCUAUACUCAAGCUGAAUCGAUGGAUCAACAAGUGCCAUACAUCUUUGCUACAGGUCAUGGCCAUGGAGGUUCUGAAGGAGGGAGUAGUAUUGGCGGGGCCAGUUUUCUUCCACAGUCGAUCCAAGCCAUGAUCAAUGCUUUUCGCAACAGCAACAGCAACAGCAACAAUAAUAUCAACAACAACAACAACUCGACGAAUGCCAACGUACACAACAGUAGCGUCCUCACUCUGAGCAGUUCGGGUGCAGCCCCGGUCCCGUUGUCGAAGCAAGAUGAGAAGCGGCAGCAGAUGGAGCAUCGCUGGAGGAUCGACGUCAUGCGUAGGAAAGCCCAUUUGCGGGCUUGGGCUUGUCGAUGCUUUUUAGAUUUGUAUCAUUUCUCGCUGACGAUCAACGCUGCGCCGCUCGAGGAUGAGUUUAGGGAUUUAUAUAGGAUUAUUAAUGCGAUCGUAGAGGUGGAUGGGCAUGCGAGUGAGAAAUCGCAUGACGUAUUGGCAAGCGUCGUGAGUCGGGCGCGCGAGCAAGAGAGAGGGCCGUUUAUACUGAGGUAUAGUCAAUACAAGACCAACGCACCCUCGGGGAAGGAGAUUUGGGAGGCGAAUGCGGAAGCUGUGAAGCGGUUCGAGGCUGAGUAUGCAGCGGAUGAGGAUGGGACAAAGAAAAAUUCGGCGACUGCGAAUGGUAGUAAGGACUAUGCAGUAAGUCUGGCGCUGCAUGGUUGCGUGGCACCCUUGCGCCCCAUUGCCUCGUCCUCUCCCAGAGGUCCUGGCGACACGAAGGGCGAUUUUCGUGACAGUAACAACAGCGACGAUUUGCUGCUAUCCUCCACGGUUUCCACCUCCGCUUAUGACUUUAUAGAAUUCUACGGACUCCAGGGCCAUCCAGUCUGGGAACCACUUCUGGACCGUCUCACGAAGUUUGAUACCACCCACCACGAGCUCGAUGCCCGAAAUGUAUUUCAAUUCCUGCGCCGUAUGAGCCUCUCUGCACCCGGCGUCGCUGAUUCACAAAACAUGCUCUCGGACGAGACGCGUGACGAGAUGCUGGCAGUUCUUUGGGUGUUGGAAAGAUGUGUUGCAGAACGCCCGGACUAUCAGCAGUCGCCGACAUGGUUCCGGCUGUCAUCGAGCGCAAGUGCUGUGCAGGCGGUGUAUAAUGCCGGAGGGGUGAUUCCGUACCUGAAGGAAUUGAGGAAGAAGGAUGCGAGGGGCCAGGAUCCAGUCUUGACAGUGCACCCGGUAACGCUGACGGGGUACUUCAAGAGGCUGUUGAAGGAGAGCGGGGGAUUAUUAUUGAAGGAAACGACGGGGUUGUUUGUGGAGUUGGCGCGUCCUGCCACAGACAAUGGCGACUUCUGGAACCUCGAAAAGCUGAGCUUAAUCGACCGUGCGCUGCUAUACCGUGUGAUAUGUCUAGACCUGAACCGCGGACAGGUCUUCCUUCGAAUUUCGCGCGUGAUGGAUCAGAUCCUUAAGUCGUCGCCCAGGGACAUGGAGCUCGAUGCGUUUGCGCUGUCGAAGAUGGUCCAGGUGGUCGAGUUGAGUGGUGUUCUGGACCUGAAGGCGUUGCGACGGUGGAAUGGCGCUUGGUCGGCUAUUAUCCUGGGGUAUAUGUGAGAAAGCUCAAGCGAGAAUGAGUGAGAAGGAAAAAAGAAAGAAUAAGACCACUGUAUUUUUAUGAA